AAAAUUCUGUUGGCAGAGACAUUACUUUUGUCUUUUGCUUAACACACGUUCCUCUGACGUGGAGCUCAGUUUACAGAGGGAGGGUGUGUGUGUGUGGCGUAUGUGAGAGAGAAAGCCGGGAAGGAAGAGAAGACGCAUAUACACGGAGCUAGUCUGACCAGAAACAGAACUGCCCCUGGCAGAUUAAAGAGACAAGUGAGGCUUGGAAUCUGAAUCCAGGAAAAGGAGAGUGGAAAUUUACAGCUGCUCUGAGUGAGUGUGCAUGUGUUAGUGAUUCUCUCUGUUAACAUUUUUUUUCAAAAGGUAACAGUUACUCUUCAGCAAGCAAGUGGAGACUGAAUUCUGGAAUUUGUUUUCUCUGCCACGUGUCAAUAAUAAGGAAGAACUUAUAUUAAAUGGAAGAUAAGUAAAGAGUCCUCCAACUGGACUGCUGGUUUGGGUCUGGCAGAGAGCUGUCUUCAGCACCUCAACAUGUAUCUGCUUUUUGUUGUUUAGACAAGCCUGGACAUUUCUGUAUACAUCCUCAGCUACAUCGACGAAGAAAUUCAGGUGAAGAAAAUCAUGCCGUUGUUCAGUAAAUCGCACAAAAAUCCUGCUGAGAUUGUAAAAACUCUGAAAGAAAACAUGGCCAUACUGGAAAAGCAAGAGAAAAAAACAGACAAGGCAUCAGAAGAAGUGUCAAAAUCACUGCAAGCAAUGAAGGAAAUUCUGUGUGGUACUAGUGACAAGGAGCCACCUACGGAAACAGUGGCUCAAUUGGCGCAAGAAUUAUACAACAGCGGCUUGCUAGUGACACUUAUAGCCAACUUGCAGCUGAUAGAUUUUGAGGGCAAAAAGGAUGUAUCCCAGAUAUUUAACAACAUCUUGAGAAGACAAAUUGGUACUCGAAGCCCUACUGUAGAAUACAUUAGUGCCCAUCCACAUAUCCUAUUUAUGCUUCUAAAAGGGUAUGAAGCACCACAUAAUGCUUUACGCUGUGGAAUUAUGCUGAGAGAAUGUAUCCGACAUGAGCCACUUGCCAAAAUCAUUCUUUUCUCAGAACAGUUCAGAGACUUUUUCAAGUAUGUGGAAAUGUCAACGUUUGACAUUGCAUCUGAUGCUUUUGCUACAUUUAAGGACCUGCUAACGAGACACAAAUUGUUAGUAGCAGAUUUCCUUGAACAAAAUUAUGAUACAAUCUUUGAGGACUAUGAAAAAUUGCUUCAUUCUGAGAAUUAUGUCACAAAGAGACAAUCUUUAAAGCUUCUGGGUGAACUGAUUCUGGACCGACACAACUUUGCCAUCAUGACAAAAUACAUCAGCAAGCCAGAGAACCUAAAGCUAAUGAUGAACCUGCUGCGAGAUAAAAGCCCUAACAUUCAGUUUGAGGCUUUCCAUGUGUUCAAGGUAUUUGUGGCCAGUCCAAACAAAACGCAGCCCAUCGUGGAGAUUCUAUUGAAAAACCAACCCAAGCUAAUUGAGUUUCUGAGCAAUUUCCAGAAAGAGAGGACGGAUGAUGAACAGUUCAACGAUGAGAAGAACUACUUGAUUAAACAGAUCCGAGACUUGAAAAAACCAACACCAUGAAGAGCUCCCCUCAUUUCCCAUCGUAGACAUUAAUUCAUACUUGUUCAGUUCCUCCCAUGUGUCAUUUUAAAACACAAUAGCGCUUGAGAAGUGCCUGUUUUAGUUUGAUUCAUUGUUCACAUAGAUGUCAAGAGUAUAAAGGUCUUACAUGAAAACUUUAAAAAAGUCUAAAAUAAUAUAUUCUUUCUAAUCAAGUCUGUGAUUAUUUAUGUCAAUUUAGACACACUCUCUAUUAGAAGCUAGUAAGGCAGAUUUUCGUUUGUGCACUCAAGAAGAAUGAACCUCUUCACUCUUGCUUUUAUUAGCAAACUUGAGCUCUUGGUAAAUUCACAAAGUAGGAGCUCUGAAGAUUUAACUCUUUGCACUUGUGAAUUUGUUUUUGUUCUGCAUGUACAGGAGGACUGUGAAAGAGGGUGCUGGGUGACUGAUUUAUCUGUACUUAUAUAGUGGAUUUGUUAAAGCGGUGGGAGAUAGAGUUUAAAAAAAUAAGGCUCGCCUAUUCACAUUAGCUUUAGUGUCACUCAUUCCUUCAGUCUUGUGUUUUUUUUUUUUUAAUUUCACUGAAGCUCAGAGGUUUCCCAUCAGUUUAGCCAGCUGUACCUGGGAAGCAGGCUAAGACUUUGGGUGGCGCAGCCUAUGCCCACUGCCUCUCAUUCCUCUCUAUCUGUUCUAACCCUACAAUGCAGCCUGUGCUGCUCUGAACCCCAGUCUUGUAAGAUGGAUCUGGUGAAGCCCUCACUCCACUGGGAAUUAGAUCAUGCACUUUUGAAUGGAAGCUAGGUAGUUCCUCAGGGCUAAAGGGAGAGAUGCAUCAAUAAGGACCUGCUCCUGCUCCCGUUGAAAUAAGUGGGGAAUUUUAUCAUUGACUGCAAUGGAACCAAAUUGGGCCUUAUUCAGCACUUCUUCUGGGCAUCUCCCAUUUGCUUCAGUGUUGGUGGGGGCACACCAGCCCUUCUCAGGAGUGAGCCCUGAGCCCUAAGCCCAGCCUUAAGGGAAGCCCAGGUAGAGUAUCAGUGAUACAACCCUAAAGUACCAGUGACUUUACCGCUACAAUAGCUGUGCCAUGGCUUGGAACUCCCGACGUGAAUUCUCUAGUGGUUCAGUUUCUGUUCCUUCAUAUUUGCCUGUGCAGGGAACAUUGUGGCCAAAACAUUCAAACCAGGGGGACCUAAAUCAGACUUAUGCAUUCUUAUUUAGGCAAGUAACUAGAAGUGGCUUAACUCGAAGCUGCUGAGUAACCCCUGCUCCCAUUGAGUCAAUGGAAGCUGCAGACGCUUAGCUCCUCUGAAAAACAAGCUGCCGCUGUAGAAGCUUAAAUGAAGUUCUAGGAGUGUAACUUUGGGCUCGCAGUGUUGCCCAUUGUGGUUAGCAUGUUCCAUUUUAUUAGUUCAGAUGUGAAUUCAGUUUCUUUGCUAGAGGCUGAAAGUUGCGGAAGUGGAAAUCAUUGCACUGUGAUGUUUAAGACAAAUAAAGCCUUGGGUCCAAAAAGAGUUGCCUAAGUAUUCUUGCCAUUUUUACUUCUUCUAGGAAAUAGGCAUUGUGAUUCUGGGUAUUGUGUUUGGAGAAGGAGUUUGAGAGUGGGGAGAGAAUAUCUUGAAGUAUUUCUUCUAUUAGCUUAAAUUUGGGUUUUACUGUUUGUUUAAUAUAACAUGUUAAGUUGUCCAGUUAUAAUUGCAUAGCAAAUACUUCAGUGACAGGAUAACAAUCAGGUGAGAUUUUUUUUUGUCCCUAAAACUGUUGUAUAUUAAGGUGAUUGAGAAUUUAACUUGUAUGCUUUAGAAAGGGGGUGAAACCAAACAAAUAGGUCAUCAACAUGUGGAUUACUUUUAAGAUGCCAGACAUAGAGAAAAAUGUAUAUUCUAGCUGUGUGAAAUUAUAAAAUUAUAUUUACAAGUUAUUAAAGGCAUGGUUACUAAUUAUG